UAUUAGCGGGGGAAUGAUACCCGUAAGGGAGGGAGAGGACGGCGGUUCUUAUGGCACAGUGGGAUUCAGAAGGAAACAUGAUAAUCUGGGUUAUGGGGACAUGAGGAAGCGUUCUUCGUUUGCGAUUCUUUCAGCAGCAUAGCAUUGGGAAGGGCUGCGGCAUCAAUGGGGCCCAGGCAAAGGGCCAUGGCUUUUGCAUUCACGAGGGAAAAGGGCAUGAUUGCGACGUGGCGUUACUUGAUUUUCUUUGAUACCAAAAUCGAUAGAUGGAUCGAUGACACAUACACCUCUCAAUUCUUACCUCUAUUGUGGAUUGACGGAAAUAAUACCCUAUCCUCCGUACACAUAUCCGUUCCGAUUGCAUUGAAACGUCUGACAACUGUGUGUGUGAGGGUGUUGGUGAGAGCCUCAGGGCGGGAUGCGACGCUGUUGAGUACCAUCAUUCAGGGGAGUGGCCUAUCGGAGGAGGGGCUGUUGUGCCGCUGCAAUUGUGGCCUCGGCCGACUUGGGGGCUUUGGUACAAUACGUACCACGGCGCAUCUUGGCAGAAAGUACGGGGUGUUUUUGGUCCAAACUUCUCACCGCAUUCGGUAUCGAGAAAUAAGUGUCUAUCUCUCGGAAGGUGAUCCAUUGCCUUGCCAUCUCCGAGAUUCAGGUACAGCAGGCACCUCGGUGCGAUUAUCUCGUGCGAGUGCGAGGCGCGAUAGGGACUGUUGUUCGGGAAUACGAUGUGCGUUCGGAGGGCGGAGGGAGCUCGGUCGGACCUUUGGGGUGCGUUAUCCAGAUGGGAGAGUGUGUUGGUUCUAUUUGUUGAUGGUCUAGGCUCGUUUUAUGGGUCAUGCUCUUCUAGGGUACC